CAACCAAUUUGUUCAUUUCCCUUGCAUUAGCCAAAUCUUUCUCGUCACCAUCUAUUUAGACCCCUGCCUGUAGUUCUUUCAUUUAUAUAUAUCUUCGACAAACUCCUGUUUUUCUUUUGAAUCCUUUUUUUCUAUAUAUGUGAAUAAACUAAACUAAGGAAAAACAGAUAAAAUACGAUCAAAGAAAGAAUUAAGACAUGGCUCGCCACAUUAUUGUUGUUGCCCUUGUUUUCAUAGCUAUUGUUGGGGCAUUUGCUGCUGAUAUAUCACCGUCACAGGCCCCAUCAAGAGCUACCAAGACUUUUGCUCCUUAUGGGUCGCCAUCUUCAUCCUCCAAUACUAUCAGCGCUAGCCCAAGCGAGAGCCCUAGCCCAAGCGGGAGCCCUGAGGAAAGCAGCAAAGGACCCUCUGCUGACUCUCCCGAUUCAGAUUCUGAUGAAGAUACCGAUGAAGAUGAAGAAGCUGAAGGACCAGAUUCUGAUGAUGACAGUGACUACAGUGCAUAAUUCAAUUCAAUGAUGCUUAUUAAAGCUUCAACAUUACUUUUGCAUUUGCAUAAAUCACAGUCUUUGUAGUAGUUUCCAAAGUACUUUCCCUUGUUUCGGUGUUAAACCUAAAACCAUUUACUUGUUUCUCUUCUCUUUUCUUGGAGCACGUCCAAGCAAUUAAAUCUAAUAUGUACUAUAUUAGAAUUUUCUUUCAAUGCACGGAAUGUUUAGUUAACUAGCUAAAUUCUUUGUCCGACCAUUCGCCAACUAUUUGCCACGUGUAU